AUGCCCCGAAUACCCUUUGAAGAGAAAACUAACGAUGAAAAGUCCGACCAUUCAAAAGUCAAAAAGCAAACCGAUCGAGAGUACCUUAUAAACCACUUAUCUAUGCUAGCAACUCAAACCAGAGAUUAUGCCUUAAAAUACGACAUUAAGCUAUGUACUGAAAUACUACAGGGUAAAGAGAACCAAGCAGUCUCAGAGCUUAAAGAAGCAGUUACUGAACUAGCUGCAGAAAAUGAGCAACUUACUAAACAAUGUGAUUAUCUAAACAUGCAAUUAUACAAUCAAAAACAACAAUUAUAG